CCACAUGAGGAAGACUGUGAGGAAUACCCCCACAGCCGCGCUACAUUAUUUCACAAAAUGGAUCUGAGGUGACUCGGAUCGUUGUUUUUGAAGGAGACGUGGAACCAAUAACUUCAGCAUGGGUUUUAAAAGGACAUCUUUUCUCCUGCUAAUUCUGGGGACUAUUGCAACAGAUACCUCAGGCCAAAGUCUUGAUUGUACCAACGACUUUUCAGUCGUCACUUGCCAAUUCAAUGCGCAAAACUGUGCUGAAUACAGUUUGACUCUCCAGAUUAAAAUCUUCGACAUCCAUGAAAAUCGGACCGGCCCUUUCAUCCAGUGUGAGGAUGGACGGUGUUGUUGCUCCAUUGAAGGAGGGUUCAUGGUCUUUGGGGAUACUCAUACAGCCACAGUUUGGAAAGGGAACAAAAGCCUGGAGUCCAAAGAUUUCAAUGUCAAGUUGAGCAUAAAGCCUAAAGCCCCAACAAUCAGAUCCGUGAAAGAAUCCAAUGGAAAUUUUGAAGUCACAUGGAAUACAAAUAUGGAAUCGUUUAUUAGUAUAACCAUGAAAGCUAAUUUGACUUACCAUAAAAAAGGAGACAGAGAAAAGCAGGUAUCUGAAUUUAUCAAACCAAGUACAAAAGAUAAACUACAUUACUUUGAAAUACUUGGUCGACACUUGGAGCCAAGCACAACGUAUGUUGUCAGCGUGAAAAGCUACACCAACUUCAGUGGCAAGUUCAGUGAAAGUAGCAAAGAAAUGGAAUUCACAACCGCUAUGUCCCCUGUCGUCCUGCCUUUGACUGUCAUCAUCUGCCUCUGUUUGGCUGCAGUCCUCAUCACUGCUGCGAUAUAUGUCAGUUAUGUAAAGGUCAAAACAAAGUGGUGGGUCGUAGUCUCCAAAUGUCCAAAUCCCAAACUUGGUGUUAUUUAUCCGAGCACGCAAAAGGUCUUGAAGCCUGGAACAACCAACUACUCCAUUGUCUGUGUUGAGCCUUUUGUUCCAGAUGACAACAAGUCAUGGCUGAAGAAGUCCCCGGGAAACGGUAGCAGUGGAAGCCUUGAUCAAAGCAGUGGAAUCAGUACUGGGUCUUCUUGUAUUAGUUACCCUGAUACCCUACCAGAACGUGACAUUAUAACUGGUGUUAGCGAUGCCCUUAAAAAAGCCUUAUCCAAUAUCGUCCCGUUUUCGACCAUAGAAGAAACGAACAAAGACAGUGGUUUGUCCUCCGCUCCUUACCAACCAUGUCAAGCUGAUGACAUGAGUUCUGGAGCAGUUAGCUUUAUCAACGAAACGUAUUCCAUCGUCAUUCCCAGCGUCCCACAUCAGAUUCCGACGAACAGCUCUCGGGUCCAGACGCAGUUGGAAAUUUCUUGUGACUUUGCACACCAUCGCAGAAACAUUGGGACCUGUGUUGACCCCCCAGCACCGUCAUGUCUUCCCAUUAAUUUACCACCAGGAGUUCCAUGUCCAAUGCCAACAGACAUGUCCUAUCAGCAGUGCAAUGCAGAUUCUGGGGGGGGUUCAUAUGCAGAAGCCCGUAGUCUGUCCUCAACCUCGAGUGGAACCAAGGAAACUCCUGGUCCGACUGCAGGCUCAAACAGCUUCCCUCCAGUGGAGGACGACUACCAGCCAUUUCAGAAUCUGGCUUCGCAGCCUCUUAUGAUUUUCGAUGAGAGCGCUGAUAAGAAAGUGGGACAUUUGAACAGGUACCCAGAGGAAUUAUUCACCGCGAUGCCGCAAUGCCUCUCAAGCCCAGGAGUCGCAUGCCUCAUUAACGAUGCCCAGGAUGGGGCACCAAUCAGCCUGAUGCCCGCUGACCCGUCUAGUCCAUUAAUGUCCGACCCCGGCUAUCAGAGAGUGUAGGGAUGAAUUUCCUGAGCAAGACACCUGAGCAAGACACCUAACCCCUAAUUGCUCCCCGGGAAUAAAUGUGAAAAAGCCAUGGGUUUAAAGUGUAAUGUAAGUCGCUUUCGAUUAAAGCGUCUGCUAAAUGACCUGUGAUGUAAUGUAAUGUAAUGAAUUUGAAUGCAUUCAUUUUUUUGUGUUUUGUGCGCUUUUUAAUUACUGAAACGGUUGCUGUGAAAUGUAUAAAGUGAGAUUGAGGUGGAGUUGGAUGUAACAGAAAGUGAAUUGUGAUGUUGAUGUUUCAAUCAUACCUUUGUUAUGCGAUACUUCUGUCAUGGAUGUCUGCAGGUGAAGAAAUCGCAAUAGUAAGAACACUAAACAAAGGGACUUGACGUUGGUGUCUCGACUUUUCACCUCAUGAGCCUAAACAUUUGCUUCAUUUUGUGAAUGCUUUUAAACUUUGUAUGACUGCCUUUGAUGUGAAAAAAAAGUUUGUAAAAGUACAUAAAAAUGUUACGGUAAAAAUGUUAUGGUAAAACUUUUAAAGAAGAGGAAAUUCAAAGUGAAUGUCACAGUCAGUUGGUGCAAUUCAGGAUUGUGAAAUGACUUCCUCAUUGCUUUUCUCUGGAACUCCAGUGAGACUUCCAAAGAAACACACGUGACUUCAGGCUGUAUUUGUCUCAACAAAGACAUCCUCUCUUGUUGUUACACUUUGUUAUGUCACAUUAUAAAACUUACACUUACUUUUAACUUAACUUAAAAAAGGCACGUCUGGUGUUAUUUAUCUAAUUGUGAUGUCGUCUUUAGCCACUUUAAUGCGGAAAACUGCAUUGAAUACAGUUCAACUCUGAAGAGCAACAACUGGAUUGAGUGAUUGUUUUCGUGUGUGAUGUUGGACAGUGUUGUUGCUUGAUUUGAAAUAACAUUUUACAUGAGUUUUGUUCAUUAUAUAGCAUUAUUUAAUGCUCAUUUGAUAAUGCGCCCUGUAUAUGACAUCAUAUCAAUUAUUGCGUUUGGAGGCGUAAAGAAAGGUGACACAAGUGGACAAAGUGGACGGCACAUUUGUGUUAAGACUCAUACUAAAAUGUGUACAUUUAGAAAUUACAAAUAAAUCCACAUGAAAUCAGA